GCGGUGAAAUUACUACAAUUAAUACUUACCGCCAUUACCACAGUAACAUCAAUGUUGAUCUGACAUUACCAAGGUGACAAAGCAAAUUUCUUUGCCACUCAAGUAAUCAAGUUCAAGUUGUUCUCAGCGUUUUGCAGCUCGCUGUUGUGAAAAGGUGACCAAGUGUGAAAGUUAAGAAUGAAGUUUGCGAUUUUCAAUUUUGGAGACAAUACUUUUGAUAUUGGCCAAACAUGGAUACAAGAUGAAAAUUCUACAACAUUUGACAACGAAUCCUGGCUCUUUACCCACGAAAUAAUUGUCAAGUGGCCCAUAGACUUCAAUGCAGCGAAACGAAAAAUGCGAAAAAAAUUGAUGUAGAUACAAUCAAAACGGAAAGCGAAAGAUAUCCAGCAAGAAUUUUAAAAUUUGGAGGUUGGCGUUUGAUUUUGAUUUUUGAAAUGCCACUGCAAAAAUAUAAAUUUAAAAUGUAUAAAUAUUUCGAAUAAUCGUUUCUGUAUAAACUAAAUUUAUAAAAAAUGAAAGUGACAAUAUGGCGGACUAUUAGAUGACUUUGACACCAUGGAUUCAUGCUUAGAGAUGUAUCUGAAAAGUGGAAAAACUUCAACUCCUAAAAGAGGAAAAGGUCAAAGAAUCUCACAAAAGAAUUAUAAAUACCAUUCCGACUCCGAUAAGGAGGAUUAUGAAGUCCAGUUUGGUUCACAUAUAAGUAAAAAACCUCCUUCAAAGAAAAGAAAAGUCCAGAAAGAUAGUUCAAAGAAAAACUCCUUAUAUUCCAUGGUUAAAGAAAAGUAUAAACAAACAGAGUUUGAAACAGUGCAAAAUGAAGAAGACAACUUAAACGAGAAUCGUUCCGACAGUACAUCCUUUUUACAGCUAAAAAAAAUUGAAAAUCGUUUAAAAGAACUUUCCGAAGAAUGUUGAAACUUAAAGAUACAGACGAAAAUUUAGCUGCGUUGAUGAAUUCUGUGAAAGAAUUACCCAUUGUUGUCAAAAGCCUGGAAACUUCAAUUAAUGAACUCCAGUCAAGCAGUACUCAUUCAGUCUUGCCACCUGUCAACACUGAUUUACCAAAACACCUGUCCCCUUUAUGCCUUAAAAGCUCUUGCGAUGCACCUACGAUUGAGGAAAAUGAUAAUGCUGGCGACGGA